UGAAGUUGGACGGCCCAUUUUAUAACGGUUGGGCUAAAAGCUUGAACUGUUUGAUCCUUUUGUAUGUGUGCACGCGCGUGGUUUUAUGGAAGGAAAACUGUAUAGUCGUAAGAAGGGCAUAAAGGUGAAGAAGAUUGGGACAUAAAGAUGGGUAAAGGGAAGGAGUGAAAGCAGAGAGAGUUGAAAGAAUGGAGUGGAUAUGGUUGGAAGCAGCACUUACCCUCGGAAUCAUAGCAGGAAUGCUCUGCGUUAUGGGCAAUGCUCAGUACUACAUCCACAAACCUUAUGAUGGCCGGCCCAAGCACAUCGGAAACGAUAUGUGGGACGUUGCCAUGGAAAGAAGGGAUAAAAAGCUCUUGGAAAACCUUUCUUUCUCUUCCUCUAACUGAUCUCUUUUUAAUACUUGUACUUUUUUCUUUUUUCUUUGAAAUUUCUCCUUUCUAUUGAUGUUUUGGCUUAAUCUUUAUUCCUUUCGGGACAGAUGCACCCGCAGAUUUUCCGUUCCUAUGAUCAGAUGUCAACUUAUUAGGGUUUUCAGUUAAAUUUCUAUUUUUUACUGACUGGGGAUUUUUAUUGCUAUUCUUCUCUUUUUUAUUUUUGUUUUGGUUUUAGUUGCAUGAUUCAUUUAAUCUCCAUAUUUUCGAUUUGUUUCUG